GCACCUCCAGGUUUGUCCGGGGUCGCCGUCGUAUAAUGAAUGCUACAGUAUGGUCCCUUCUCGGUUCCUUAUCAGUCUCCAUAGCUGCUAUCUUCUUCCCCCAAACUCGUAAAACGCUUGAACGCGUCCAAGAUAACGAUUGCCGUACCUGCAUCGUUAUCACAGCUUCCAUCUCGCUAGCAUCAUCCUCCGCAGCACAAACGAUCGCCAUCUCCCCAGUUCCCCGGGAACCUGCGAGAUGGAGGGCGGCGACUCCCGCUGCAUGGAAAUAUGCUUCUUGUGAUAUCUGAACCAUUUCGGGGAUGGUCUUGGCAACUGCCGGCGACGAUAACCUUGCAGCAGCUUAUCAGAUGUCGCUCUUACGUACGAGUACGGUCCACGGAGCAUCUGUGAAACGCCGCGCCAGCUUUCAAUCUGACU